CCGUUUUUCAGUCGUUUUCCUGUUCCUUGGCCAAUCAGAGAGCUGUGCUUUUUAUGAACGGUGUUUUGUGUGAGGUGUGUGCGGACAGCUGAGCGUGGGCCCAUAAUAAUGUAGAACCGAGCCGCGGGCGAGAGUCUGCCUAAUCUUGCAUGUGGAUGGUCCGGCUGUGUCUGUCCCGCAACAGCUUCAAGCGGGGAAAGUGCAAAGCUAAUCUGGUCCUUGCUGCAGACUCUACACAGGAGCAUAGUAGGAGAAGAUGCAGGCUGUUAGGGAAGCUCAUGUGGGAGGUGAAAACAAGUCCUUUGUAAAACAGAAGAGCAGCUGGGAAAAAGGAAAAGAAAAUUGCAUGGGGCCACCAGCAUGUCGUCCACAAAGCAAGGAAAAGCAAACCAUGCAAGAAAAUAUCCUGAAAAUUCCUCAGAAAAGCAAACUUCCAGUACUUGCAAAAACCAAGCCACCCCCUGACUUUCAGAAAAUGCACCAAGUGUGGCAGAACCAGUUUCAGAAGGGUAAAGCCAUCUCUAAAAAGUCCUGCACCCGUCCUCGGCCUUUCAAUUUGUCUCAGAAAGGAGACAAGUUUCGCAUAGCAUCAGUCACUGAUGUCGGACACCCUGUGGCAACUUCCUCCAACAUGAAAUCUCCUGUCGCAGGCCUUACAGGUCGAGAGCCAUUAAGUGAAGUUUUUCAUGGACAAAAUAACACAGCCAAUUCAAAAGAUGGUUCCACGAUGCACUUUAAAGCUGACCCUGCAGCUCUUAACAGUAUCAUUUUUAAUGUUGGGAUAUCUACUGCUGGAGGAGCAACUGGAAAACUGAGCUUGGCACAGAGGGUUCCCAUGAGAGUGUCCUCAAAUGCGCAUCCCUUCAGUGGCAAGAACAUAAUGGUCCGAAAUUCCAUGUACACAGCACCGUGCAGCUAUCCAGAAAGUAUGCCGCGCUUCUCCUGGCUGCCAAAUAAGGCUACUGAGCCAAGGGCCCUCAUAAAACAAAAGAAUCAAACUGAAAACCGACCCCCUGAUGUGAGUUUGCAUGAACAUGCAACAUCUAGAGAGGAAUGUGCUAUUCCAUCCCAGGUUAAUUCAGUAAUUCAGCAGAUGACAGUACCUCUUCAUACACCUGAUGCUAGCAAUGAGAUCUUUAAGAAGCAGGAGGAGGGACCAGAGCUAGAAUUGCCAGAAUCAAGAUGUGAAUUGCCUGUUGCUGCAGCAGAGAUUUCUGAUGAGGAAAAAGAUCUGUUAAAGGAGCCCACUGAAAAACCAAGUGCAGAUUCUAAGGUUGAAGUCUUUGUAGCAGAUUCACAAGCCUUGGCCAGUAUCCUUUCAAAUACUGGGGAAACUGGUCUUAGUUGUGGCAGGGUGAGUUUGGCACAAAGAGUCCUUGCACAGAGUAGAAAUAUGCCCAACAGAGGGAACAUGGGCAGUUCUGGGUCUCUAACUGGACAGGUUACACCAAAACCUUCCUGUGGUCGUGUAUCUGUGUUGGCUAAAGACUCUGUCUUCAGCUCUUGCCGCAUUUCUAAGAAUUCUCAGACUCCUACAGAUUCGCCAGUGUGCUCUGCUAGACGAAUUCCUCAUGCAAAACCAUCAGCAAGGCUUUUCUCCCAGGAACGUUCAGUCACUUUUAAGAAACCCAUAUUCCCCAAAACACCACGUGCACUAGCUCUAGAGAUGGCAAACAAAAAGUUGGAGGCCAAGCAAACUGAUCUUCAGAGCUCCACUAAGUCCACUGUGAGAUGGGCAGAUCAGACUUCACCUGCCCCUGUUUUGUGUGAAGAUGAACCCCCUAUUGAGAAAGUGGUACUCCGGCUGUUCUCAGAUGGUGAAAGUUCAGGAGAUACAGAAGAGGGAAAGCAGGUACCUGGAUCCACACCUAAGCAAGUUACGAUAGGGGUUGCUGCUGCUACCAGCAUACAGAGCAAGAAAGACUUGGUGUCAGAGAGCUCAGCUGCUAACCAUGAAGCCACAGCAGCAGUGUAUUCCCAAGCAUUGUCUUUGCACCAGCAGUUUGCAUCAUUGUGUACAGCUAAUUGUGCAGAGCAAACAAAAGCCAGCUUGCCUUUAUCAUUUCUUGCCCAUCCAGCUGUGCAGGCUUUGCAAUCAAGCACUUUGGGUUCUCACUCUUUAUCUCACAUAGCACGAUUACGCCUACAUGCAACAGUGUCGGCUAAGCAGCGGUUUUGGGACACUUGCCUAGAUGAGGAAUGUGCUUUCUACACAUCUCGGGGGCCCAGUGGAACACACAGGAGCUGUAUUGACCCUGUAGCUUUUACUUUGGAAAAGCAGGAAAAUCUGCACUUUAUUCCUAUUCCAAGUGGAGAGUCCUGAUCUUUUUAGAUUUGCCUCCCUUGCUCAUUCUGCACACGCUGCUCGCUGGCCUGAGACACUUUUAGCCAGGCUGAAGAAAGGAAGUUUGGAAAUAGCUGCCCGGAGCAGAUUUGGAACAGUAGUGAUAAAGUUGCCAAAUGAAUUUGUUUCCAUUUCUGUUUGUAUCAUAUGCUCUGUAUAUGUACAAUGUAAUUUUUGAGCAAGAUAAUUCCCAAUUUCUAAUACCUUUUAAUGCGUAUUUAAAUUUUAUAUUCUUUAAAAAUAAAACACUAUUUAUACACA